AUGGCCAAUUCACGAGAAACGUGGCAAAGACUGCAAAUGGUAUUGCAGCAGCGGGGCCGGGGAGGAGGCUUUGGCGGAGUCCCUGGCGGCGGAAAAGGUAUUGGGGCAAUGGGGGCGCUCGUUGCAUUGGGCCUCGGAGGAUAUGUGAUAUCGAAUUCUCUAUUUAACGUUGAUGGCGGCCAUCGAGCGAUCAAAUAUACAAGAAUAGGCGGUGUAAAACAGGAAAUCUAUAAUGAAGGGACACAUUUCCGUAUUCCGUGGUUUGAAACACCUAUUAUCUACGAUGUUCGCGCAAAGCCACGAAACGUUGCUUCUCUCACCGGGACCAAGGACUUGCAAAUGGUAAACAUUACCUGCCGUGUGCUCUCAAAACCCCGAGUCGAUGCCCUUCCUCAGAUAUACCGCACUCUCGGCUCGGAUUUUGAUGAAAGAGUUCUUCCGUCCAUCGUAAACGAAGUUCUGAAGAGCGUUGUUGCCCAAUUCAAUGCGAGUCAACUUAUCACACAACGUGAAAAUGUCGCUAGACUCGUCCGCGAAAACCUCGCCAGACGUGCCGCUCGCUUCAAUAUCCUACUAGAUGAUGUCUCGUUGACUCACCUUGCAUUCUCGCCCGAAUUCACUGCGGCUGUCGAGGCAAAGCAAGUUGCACAACAAGAAGCCCAGCGAGCGGCUUUCGUCGUCGACAAGGCAAGACAAGAGAAGCAGGCCACCAUCGUUCGUGCCCAGGGUGAGGCUCGGUCCGCUCAGCUAAUCGGCGACGCUAUCAAGAAGAGUAAGAGCUAUGUCGAGCUUAGGAAAAUUGAGAAUGCUCGUAAUAUUGCCCAACUUAUUCAGGAAGCUGGUGGAAGAAAUAAGCUUUACUUGGAUGCUGAGGGAUUGGGUUUGAAUGUGAAUGCUGGUUCUGACAGUGGUGACAAGUCUUGA